AUGACAAGACUUUUGAACAUAUACCCAAACAGUGGUGUUGACAAACUUCGUCUAGGGUGUACAUUGUAUGUGACAAUGAAAGUCCUGAGGCUGGAAGAAAAAGAUGACGGGAUUGAAUUCAAAUUUAAAGACGGGAUGAAUAUGAUAGUCGUAUACCUAAGCAAAUGCGGAAUCAAUUUGAUAUUCGACAAGUUUCUGCAAACUUUGGUAAUGAUAGAAAUCAAACUAAAUGAUGGUGGCGGCUCAAUUGUUGAUGGUGUGCAAUAUGGAUUCAAAAACGAUAUAAUAGAUAAAUUUACUUUUAAAUCUAUUUACCAUCGUUACUUUGGUCCAACUUUCCAAGGUUCUCACAUUCCUUCAACGUGUGAUUAUUUUUUGUCAUACUGUGGUGCCAGCUUCAAGUUCCACGGCAUUUCCUUACAAAACUGUUCCAAUGAAAUAUUAAGCACGAUAGAAAAGGAGUAUUCUUGUUCCUCUAUUUUCAUUUAUCAAAACACCGAAAAAAAUAUAAAUACCUUUCUUUGGAAUAGUUUUACCAAUAGUUUACAGAAACAGUUGAAUAUGGAGCAAGGUGUUGACUAUGUUACUGCGAUGCAAAACUUUUGUCCUCCCGCCGAUGACUCUAAUUUCAAUAAUAAAAUACAGAUAAAGUAUGUUCACUAUGAGAUCUAUAACAAAGAAGGAUAUCUAACGUUUUAUUUCUCCAAGCAUCCAUCAUUGAAAAAAUAUACCGUGAAAUGUGGAGAUACUAAGAUACAAGACAUGGUGAAAGUUUUUGGAUAUCCAGAUGAUUAUAUUAUCAAGAAGAAAGUCCGUUUAAAAUCAAUACAAAAUAGGAAAUAUCUGGAUAAAGACGGAAAUCUUCUGUUAACAUCGUCAAGAGGCUAUACUCCUAUCCAUCUGAUUAAAGGAUACAAAAGAGUCUCCUAUAAAGAUUCAAGCAAUAAUUUCCUUGAAAACGAUGCAUUGGAAAAGAUAAAAAUACAUAACUAUUUUGACUUAGGAUUCGAUGUUUUGUACGACCUUAAUGCAACAUCAGACGGCACAAACUUAGUUAGUAGGAUAGUGAUACAUCAAAAUUGUAUUGAGUCAGUAGAUUUUCUUAGGUACGAAAAGUUGGUUCUGUUUUAUCAUAACGAUAGUUCGGGUGAAACGUUCCACUGGCCGACAGCAUCAGAAGUUUACUCCACAUUGCAAGUUACACACCUACCGAUUUUUUUAGAUAAGAAAGAGUACAGUAUCCAAGAAGAUUACGAAGAGUCAAAAGAAGCCGACAGAGCAUUCGAAAUUAUCGAUCUGGAAUCGGGCGUCUAUGAAAUGAGCCAAGAUUGGAAAGAAUGGGGGCUAUCCUUCUUUGACGGUUCGGCAAAUACAAUAUUUGAAGGACUAUCAAAAACAAAUGAAAUUUGCACAAUUACAAUACAUGAAUUAUAUGGGUAA